UUUACUUAUGUGUCAUCAUUUUAUUUGCUUCUUCGUAAUCCUUAUUGUUUACAGUCUUGAGAGUAUUAAGUAAAACGUAUUAAAAGCGUAAAAUGUUACCUCAAAAUUAUAACAAUCCAAGAACCAUACACAUAAAUCCUAAUUUCAAAGGACAACGGAGUCAAUCUUAUGCUACUUCGACGGAGGCAUCGUCGACAUCAACAUGCAACAAUUCAGCUCCACCACCUGUUCUGCCAGCCUCUGCUCAUAUAAAUCCAUUGUUUUUGGAGAAAAACAAAAGACCAACCAUUCACAUGAAUCCCCAGUUUCUGUUUAAACUGCAAGAGCAACGUCCACAAACAGCCGAAUUACAGUUUCCGAAGAUUCCUCACCCAACGCCAGUACAGUUAAUUGAUAGUUUUCCUAUUGCAGCUAUCAGUAAAGAUGAACAACGUAGCAAUACCUAUGAAGAAAAUAGAAAGAUCAUUUGUAAGUCAAAAAAUCGUUUGGUAAGGGAGCCAGUAGGAUCUACUCGUGCUGUGGUGCCCCCAAAGGCAAAUAACAGUCAACCGCCAAUAGUUGUUAUAACAAACCGUAAACUUAUUCGAAAAUCUGCACAAACUUCCCAUGCCGUAGUUGAAAACCAAGCCAAUACAUCAAAGACGAAUAUCGAAAACAGAACUGUAGCCCAACCGCAACCUAUAGUAGUUGUAACUAGACGUAAAUUAAUUAGAAAAUCGGCAUUACCUGGGUCGCCACCAACCCUGCCCAGCCAAAUGAUGUCCAAUAGUUUAACUUCUAAAACACACAAAACUAGAUAUAAACUGGAUAAUCGAACUAUAAAAAAGAAUCCUCUCUCUAUAUCACCAUCCGGAAUAUCACGAAUAAGACGUAAAUCAUUUGUUGGGCGCUUUGCUCUACUUAGAAGAAACUCAACAACACAAAUUCCGAGUGCAAACAGCUGGAGGAAAACGACAAAUAUUCAAAGUAUGAACAAGAAACUGCAACUUUUAAAUAUCAAUGGACUUUUGUAUAAGUCGACACGCAACACUUUGCAGCUUAAGGACUUAUCAUGCAUAAAGGCAAAGAAAGCGACUGAACCAACAAAGCCCCAAACUGGGUUAACGAUAUUCGUUCAAGGUACAAAAUAUAUAAUGGACCCACAAAAAUUUAAACUAACGCGGGUGGUCAGUAACGACAAAGAAAACCCAACAAGCAAAACUAAGAGUCUAACAAAUUGUCGCCAACGUAUUGACAUAGGUGGUUACACUUAUGUGUCCGCACCCACCUCAAAGAAUGUCCUGGUACGGACAAGCAAUCAUCUGGCUCGUGCCUAUGUAAACAACGCCAAACAUAAGAGUUUACAGCUAUUGACCAAACGCUUGGUAAAAUCCAAUGUUCCAUGUCCCAUUUAUCAGCGUGUCGGCAAAUGUGCUGCUUUUGAGCGUGGAAAAUGUUUCAAAGUUCAUAAUAAACAACAAGUGGCUAUUUGUCCCAAGUUUCUACGCGGUGAAUGUAUUAAUUCAGCAUGCCUUAUGUCCCAUGAAGUCUCCUUGUCCAAAAUGCCUGUUUGUAAGUUCUACAUGCAAGGCGUGUGCGUACGAAACGAUUGUCCAUACUUGCACAAAAAACUAAGUAGCAAUGCGGAAGUUUGCAUUGAUUUCUUGCGAGGAUUUUGCCAAUUGGCGGAAAAGUGCAAACGACGUCAUGAGUUUGUUUGUCCUGAACUGGAACGUAGUGGCCAGUGCACUAUAACAAAUUGUUUGUACUGCAAAGGCAAAGUAAAAAAAGACAAAUUUUUAGAUAAAAAAAGUGAUAAAAGCAAAAACAUAGAUUCUAAAAAUCAGUUAAUAAAUAGUGGCGAACAUUCGCCAAAUGCCGCCGUACAUCCAAUGAAUGCAACUAAAGAGACUAUCGAGAAAACAACUGGUGUACGAUACUUUAUAGGACCUUCGGAGGAAGUUUUAUCGAGAGCUAGUGAUACUGGGAUACUAUCAGACAACCAAGACAAUGAAAAUGAAACAGAAUCUCUAGCAGAACCCGAGGAAGGUAUGAGAAAGCGACCAAAAUUGGGUAACCUUCCAGCGUUUAUACCAUUAUGAUAUGUAGAAACCAAGCAUGUUGACGACAUAUAGGUCCAGGUACAAAGCAACCACGUAUUUAUGUACUUCAAAGAAGUUGCGAUACAUUUUUAUUAGCAAAAUAUAAAUCUAUACAAUAUACGUAAGUUUUUAGUUUGUACAUUAUUUGGCCAUAAAAUAUUUUAGUACUUUUUAUUUUUGACCAAACAUUUUCAGAAAUGUGGCAUAUACAAAUAAAGUGAUAUAUAAAGUUA